AUGGCUCCGGCAUCCAAUGUGUUCUCGCUCGCCCAGAAAUACACAGUCCGUUCCACCGGAGUCUGGGAGCGUCUCCGUCAAAUCCUCGCCGUCGACCCCAACCGCUCGACCGGUGUCCCUCUGAACUCCCAGUUCCGCCUCCCAUCUCCCGGCUCUCUGCCCCCUCUGUCUUACGAUGACCCCGUCACUGUCCCCGCCGGUGACCUUGCCGACAACCCUUACUGGAAGCGCGACACCCGCCGCAGCUACCCCAAGCUGAGCACUGUGAGCCAGGCCGAUGCCGUUAGCCUGCUUACCGUUGGCAGCCAAGCCGCUCCCAAGGACGAUGUUCUGCAGAUCGGUGAGGCUGGUGUCAAGCAAUUGGUGGAGGUUAAGGAGCAUGGCAAGGAGCGUGGUCUGGCCGCUCUCUUCGAGAAGGAUCAGAAGAGCAUUCAGGGCGUCUUGGGUGCAAAUGGCCUGCCUCCUACGCCUGCCAACAUCAACACCGUUGCCCAGGCUUCGCAGUCCAAGUACCAGAUUAACACAGAGCAGAGCUACCCCAAUGUGUACCCUUGCCGCACAUUUGCUUGA